AUGGAGAAGAUGAGCAACCGUAGCCAUAGCCUUAGCUUUAGCGCCAAUGCCGUAUACGACGGCGUUUUUUCUUCUCCGGCGAAUACGAAAUCUCCUCUGGUUGAUUACGGCGAGAUUUUCCGAGGCUCGGGUCCUUCUCCGUCGUCGAUUCCGUUUCUGGAUGUCCCGGAGCUCAACGGUGGUAAGCUUAAGGUCGAUGUUCGGAGUUCCAAGCUCGAUUACUCCUCGGUGUUUGGAGGCUUUGGAGCUUGCGAUUUCUCUGUUACCCCCAAGGAAGUGAUCAUCAAGUCUGAGAGGAAAACCUCCAAAAACGAGGAUAAAAGGAAUCGUAGGAAAGGUGGAAGAUCUGCUGAUGUUUCUCUUUGCAACGAGGCCAAGAAUCAAACUUCGUCUCCUGAUAUGGUUAGGAUGAAGCACUCUGAUAUCUCAUGUCACCAGACCGUCCCGCGCAAUGAGAAUGGGACUAGUCAUCCUAGUCAGGCUCCCCCUGUGGUUGUUCCUUCUCAACUGGUUGAUAAUAUGGCUCCGUUGCAGAAGAUUGAAUGUGAAACACCAAUUCCAUCAGCUGAGAAGAAGCCGUGUAACGAGGGUGCUGGGGAAGUCAAGGCUUCUAGGAAGCGGAGUUCUAAAACUGAGGUAGAUUUCGAGAAAGUCUUUGCUCGAAAUGAAUGUAGUACGCGUGAUAUCUCCACGUGCAAGAGCGAUUCUAAUGCUGAACAUCGGGAUGCGAAGCCACCUUCAAGCUUGCAGCGUACAGUAAUUGGUGAAAAUGGAGCUUCCGAAAGAUUGACGGGUUUGAAGUUAGGGAUUCCGGAAAGGCUUGAAACUGAAGAUGAUGAUUCUCCAAGCUCACCCCAAUUCUUUGAUGCCGAAACAGAUGCAGAUUCGUCUGCUGCUGAGUCUUCUGCGGCAUUGAAAAAGGCUAUUGAAGAGGCUCAGGUAAGAAUGAAUAUCGCAAAACAAAUGAUGGGAAGGAAAAAGUCAGGCUUCCGCAGUUCUGCAAAACUGAAAUCUUGUGAUGACCCUAAAGUGGAGACUAAAGAAGACAUCAAAGUUGAAGGAGUAAAAGAAGAAAUCAGAGACAACAAUUCUCAAAUACAAGGUGAAUUGGUAAACUCUUCUGAACAAUCAUGUUCAAACGAGGGAGAUCAGCAUGAAAAACGAGCACGGAAGCUGUGGGAAGUUCCUGAAGGACUUCUAAAAUCUACUUCAGACCAUAAGCGGGAAGAGAUAGAAGAGAAAGAAGUGGUAAAGAUGGAAGAGGAACAAGCAAGAAGAGGUCGGAAACAGUGGGAAUUGCCUGGAGGGAUAUUCAAAUCAGUAAUGAAUAAUACGCAGCAGGAGCCAGAAAACGUUGCACCAGCCAAGGCUGAAACUGAUACGAAACAAGAGGUGCAACCAUUGACUGAAAAUACCUUCUAUACAUUUGGACAGCUUGGUAGUAAAAUAAAAUGUGUUGUGCAAGCCUUCACGGGGAGCAACGUUUCACAAAAGGAUGAGACACAGGUGACAGAGAAGGAAAGUUCUAUCCUCUCUCAAAUGGUUCAAGGUGAAGAAAGUGACUCACAAGAGAGGUUAGGUGGUAUUCCAGUAAUGGAAACAUAUUUAAGGGAAGUGGAAGAGACCCCGCAACAAACUGAGAGUAAGAGCGAAACUAAGAUAGAAGAGAAGUAUGAAUCUAAAAUGUGUACUUCCACAGAAGAUUGUUCUCAGAAGAUGGAGAAAGAAACAGGAUGGCAAGUUAAAAGUGCUUGCCAGUCCGAAGAUGGACCUAAGUGUGGUGUAAAAGAUUUCCAAGAAGACCCUGUCCCAACUGACACUUUACAAAAUCAGGAAGGUGAGAAGGAGAUAAUCUCAAGGCCGGAGGAGAUGUUUGUUGGUCCUGAUGAUACCAAUACAUAUGUAAGGGAAUUGGAAGAGACCCCAACACCUGAUCAGAGUUUGAGUAAAACUCAAGUCGAUGAAAGUGUUGGAACUAUGGUGUCUUUUGUCACAGAAAAUACUCCUGCGCCAGGAAGCGUACACGAGGAGACAGGGCACAAGGCUCCCAGGCGAAGAAGAGUUUGGACGACCUCUGAAGACGUCUAUAAAAUGAUAAGGGCCCCAAAGGAGAACAACAGGCCCUGGAAGCUAGAAAGUGAGGAAACAGAAACACCAGAGAGGUCCUUUCAAAUGGAAGGUGUAAGGAUCCAUGAUAUUUGCGAGGAAGCAGAAAGCACAUCUGAGCAAGCUAGUGAUUCAGGAUUGCAAGAAAAUUGGACCGUUCUUAAACAGAUGUUUAGACAGAUGUUUCAGACAGCAGAUACUACUAAGGGCGAGGAUGAAAGUUAUUGCUUAGUGGAGUCUGAAAAGGAGCAUAUUGAUAUUCAUCAAAAAGCUGGAGAUGAGAAUGCAGAAACUUCUUACUGCCAAAUUACUGGUACAGACAGAAACGAACAUAAUGAAGUGGAGACAGAGUAUGAAGCCUAUGCACAUACCAGAGAAAAUGAAGACUUGGAGUCGGCGCAAGAAACGUACUGUAGAGAAGAGGAUGGUAAAGUAGAAGUGCAAGGAAAAACGUCUCUGGUCCGUGAACUGAUUGGAGAAGAGCUAGAGGCCACUGGAAUGGUUAGCGACCAAGAAGGUGAAGAUGUACCGGAAGUAUUGGAUGAAGCUGACUGGGCUCAAGGACUUUCUGAACUUGAUGAGAUAAAGGAGCAUGCAGAUUCUCAUGCUGACAUGCUUGGAUAUGAUCCUAGUGAAACGGACUCGAAUAAAUCUGGCGAGAAAUUUGAGCAAACCCGGGAACUAGCAGACGAAACCCAGAUCGACGGUAGUAUAGAUACUGAAACCAGCAGGUCAUCUUUUGAAAUGAGACAAGGUGAUUCAUAUAUUGAGGAGGUUGGCGUCGAGCAAGAUCUCAGUGAUCAAUUCCAUGAAAAAAACAGUGCUGCCAGCAGCACGGAAGAGCACAUUGAAGAAAUAGAUUCUGAUUCAAUUCAAAGUGGUUGGAGCGUUCUAGAGGAUGACGAUAAAAUCAAGUCUUAUGUGGAGGAAAGUUUGACUCGUGAUCUUCAGGAUGCAGGGGUAAGUAAGUCUGAAGAAAUAGAGGAAACGAGAGAAGAAACUGAUGAAAUGAAAACAAGUCUUGGUGAAGGGAACAAUGAAGUUAAGACAGAACAAGAGCACCGGUUUGAGUGUCAAAAGGAGGAAGUAGAUGGAAGCAAUGUAGAGCCAGCUGAGUCUUCCUAUUGUUUGCCCAAAGGUGACGAAAAGAUUGGCGCAGCAACAGAUAGAAACUUGAAGGACAAUGAGGGAGAGGAGAGUUGUCGAUCAUCUAUGGAAGAAGAGGGAGAUGCUGCUUCCGAUGCUUCACAAAACGAAGCAGAGCAAGUUGAGAAACAUCUGAAAAAGAAAAAUGAAGCAAAAGAGAAAGAAAGAGAGAGAGAGAAAGAGAGGUAUAUGGUAGAGAGAGCUAUUCGUGAAGCCCGGGAAAGGGCGUUUGCUGAUGCUAGAGAAAGAGCAGGAAAAGCCGCAAUGGAGAAAGCAAAGGCAGGUGUGCCUCGAAGAGGGACUUCAGAGGCUCCAAGAAGAUCAGAGAAAGGAUCUGUUGAGGUAAAUGAUAAGUUAUCAUCAGCUGAGAAGGCUUCAAUGCAAGCCAAACUCAGAGCCGAGCGUGCUGCUGUAGAAAGAGCACUCUCUGAGGCCAGAGAACGUGCCCUAGAAAAAGCAUUGUCUGGUAAAUCUGCUGCUCCUCAAACAAGAUGUUAUGGUGGCAGCAAGUCAUUUAGCUCUUCUGGUGAAAGACGAGGCUCCUCAUCUUCUGGUACAGAGAACAAAAAUUCAGGUCCUUCUAGUUCUUCAAACCAGACUGGCAAAGGUGAGCCAAUCCAGAGAUGCAAAGCUAGAUCUGAGAGACACCAGAGAUCAUCUGACCGUGCGGCAGAGGCUCUUGCAGAGAAGAAACUUCGUGAUCUCAAAGCCCAGAAGGAGCAGGCAGAGAGAAAUAGGCUCGCGGAAUCUCUUGAUGCUGACGUCAAACGGUGGUCGAGUGGAAAGGAAAGCAACUUGCGGGCAUUGCUCUCAACACUUCAAUAUAUCCUUGGAGCAGAGAGUGGAUGGAAACCAAUUCCUCUCACUGAUCUUGUGUCAAGUGCUUCUGUGAGAAAAGCUUACCGAAAGGCAACUCUUUACGUUCAUCCCGACAAGCUUCAACAACGUGGCGCAUCCACACAACAGAAGUACAUUUGCGAGAAGGUUUUUGACCUUCUCAAGGAAGCAUGGAACAAAUUUGGUGCAGACGAACGAUAA